AUGCAAGCAACCAUUGAUGCUGCCGAUAAACCAAAGAAGGGAGAUAAUGGUUCUAAGAAAGGUGAGAAGAAGACCGCUGCCAAAGAAGGUCCAUCCGGUGCUGCGAAAGCAUCUCCUAAUAAGCGAAAGCCACCAGCAGCAUCCUCUACUUAUGUUUCGAAAAGAGGGAAACAACCUGCUCGCAAGAGAAAAACUCCUACACCAUCUGCGAGUGAAGGAUCAGAUUCUGAGACUGAAUCCGACAUUCGGAUUGAAGAAAAUCAACAUGUUCGUAACCAGGAGGAAGAGCCAGUUCGUAAUGAGGAAGGACAACAUGUUCGCAAUGAGGAGCCUCUAGUUCGCAAUGAAGAAGAGACUACGAAUCCAGAGAACCCUGAAGUCACAGUCAACGUAUCUGAUACGGGGGCUAACACUUCAUUCUUCACCACCCAUGUUUCUCCACCCAUCUUCCCUAUUCGUAAAUAUGAUCCAGAAAUUAUUUUUGGGGAUGAUGAUGAUCAUCAUCAUGAUGACCUUGGCGGAUUCACCUAUAGUCCAUUUCAGAUAAGGACUGAAAGUGAAAAUGAAGCCACAGUUACGAAAGGGUUUCUUAAGUCCCUUCAUGAGAAAAUAGAGAAUGCAGAGAAUGCUGCGAAAAUGAAUAGGGAAAUAUCUGAGUCUGCUGAUAUCUGUAAAUCCACGACCAAAAAAGUCGAUAAACUAAUCUCUGAAACAACCACUUCCAUGGAGAAUUACCGAACCACCUACAACAACAACACUGCAUCUGCGAAUGAAGCUCUUCAAAACUUGGGUGUUAUGUUCAAAAUUGAGAAGACAAACUUGGAGAAGAUUCGCACCAGCUUGCAGCAGGAUCAUGCCUCAUUUCAAACAUCCCUCACUUUGCAAAUUAGAAAGCUUCAGGAUGAUUAG